UUAAAUGCCUUUCCUACCCCUUCGGAGAAUAAAAGACAAAUCAAAGAUGCUAUGUGUACCUAAUUUUAUUUUUAUUUGUUACGUUUUAGUUCCAUGGUGUAGCGAUAAGAAACAACUAAAGAUGUAACGCACAUUAAAUUAUGGUUUACCAGUUUUGAAAAUUAGCAAUUUUUGCAAAUUUUCAUCAGCUCUUUCCGAUUUUCAUUUUGCGACCUCGUACACGUGCGCCGUUCGCGCCAUCUUGGAAAAAUGGCGGCCAAAAACAGAUUUUUUGCAAUACCUUUUUUCCUGUGGGUAGGUACUUUUACGCCGGCUCGAAGUAGAGGUACGAACGGGGUGGUUUUUAGUCAGCAAGAGCCUGACACUUCCUUCCACCUCACCACGGGCGGGAGAAGUCAUUCCUCCCUCAAAAAAGAUAAAAUGUAAUUAUCAUAAUAUAGGUAGUACCUACUAAUUUUAUGUCAUCUCAAUUUUUUAAUGCCGGGGGAUAAAAAGUAGCAUAUGCAUAUUCUAGACCAUAAUUUACCCGUUCCAUAUCCUGUUCCCUUCAGCCGUUUUGACAUGAUUCAGUAACAAACAUACACACAAACAUGCAUUUUUUUUAUUUCACGACCGACUUUUUCGUUGUCUUAAUAGAUGACGCAAAAGUCUACAGAUUCAAGCAGACCAAAGAGCAGACAAAUAGAUAAGAAAAUGGCAAGAAGCAAACAAGAUCUCUGAAAUACAUUGACAGCGCCAUUGUCGGACAGCAAUACAUUCAAAAUUUUAGUAGAGGUAUAUGAUAUUAACGAGACGGUGAAGCAUGCUCCGAUCGGCGUCGGUGGAGCUGAGAGUGGCGUGCCGGCCGCGGCGCAUGGCGCGCGCGGCGCGGACCCCGCGGCCCGCGUCCGUGCUGCAGCCGCAGUGCGUCGUGUACCCGCGCGCGCCGCGCAACGAGCGCGUGAUGGAGCACUCUGUCGGCACCAAGGAGCGCAACUGCCUCGCACACGAGCUCGCUACGCUCACUCGCCACCCUGAGACUGUUCCCAUUUUUUUAGGCCCAGAGAAAACGUGUUAUGGUGAUUGCUGUAUCCAGGCGAUGCCCUUUGAUCAUCAACUGGUCGCUGCGUAUUUCCAUCAUGCUUGGCCAGCUACCACAGCACAAGCUAUAGAGCUGGCUACUGCUUGUCAACCUAGUUGGGAGCGCACUUCGGUUGACGAACGUUGCAGUGUGCUCGAGCGCGCUACUGACCUGCUCGCUGGAGUUUAUCGCCAGCGGGUCAUCGCGGCCGCCAUGAUCGGCCAGGGUAUGACUGCUAUCCAAGCUGAACUUAACGUGUGUCAACUAAUUGACUAUUUGCGUUUCGGAUGCUAUUUUAUGAGGGAGCUUACGAGGAGUAAAAGCCUAAUCGACGGUGGUGAUGAUGCAAUCAAUCAUAACCAAUAUCACGGCCUCGAAGGGUUUUGGGCCGCGAUUACGCCUUACAAUUCACUUGCUUACGCUGCACAACUGGCAAUAAUACCGACGAUCAUAGGGAACUGUGUUGUGUGGAAACCUAGUGACCACUCGGUGCUCGCCUGCUAUCGCGUGUUCGAGUGCCUACAGUGCGCGGGCCUGCCUCCCGGCGUCCUCAACUUCGUGCCAGCUGAUGAGAAACGUUUUCUGGACGCUGUGUGCACUAACACAGAUCUAGCGGGCAUUUCAUUCGGCGGGACGACUCGCACUCUCGAGCAUAUUUGGCGUACAGUCAGCGCGCAUAUUGACAAGUACUUACGUUUCCCUCGGAUUGUCGGUACCGGUAGUGGCAAGAACUUCCACGUGGUGCACUCGUCGGCGAAUUUGGCGAAUGCGGUUGCAUGUACAGCGCGAGCGGCUUUUGAAAUGGCGGGGCAGAAGUCUACGUCGUGCUCCCGCGUGUUCGUGGCGCAGUCAGUGCUGGACCGUUUCACGCAGUGCCUCGCACAAGUAGCGCAAUCCCUCGUGGUCUGCCAUCCUCUCGACUACCGAUGUUUCACGUCUGCGCUCGCGUCGCAAGCCGCUUACGACAAGGUGUGUGGGUUCCUGGAGCGAGCCUGCCGGGACAGCACGGCGCGGCUGGUGUGCGGCGGGCGCACGGAGCCCGGCGUGGGCUACUUCGUGGAGCCCACGGUGUACGUGGUGCCGGAGCCCACGCACGAGCUCAUGUGCGAGGAGCUGCGCGGGCCCGUACUCGCUGUGUGUGGCUUCCCAGACAAUGACCCCGAGGCCCUCGUGUGGGCUGUCGCCCAGGCACGAUACGCUAUAACUGGGUCUAUAUUCGCACGUGACAUGCGGUGGGCGCGCUGGGCGGCGGGCGCGCUGCGCGAGCACUCGGCCGCGCUCUACCUCAACGCGCGCUGCUCCGACGACACGCCCGGCCAGCAGGCCCUCGGCGGCACGCGCAAGUCCGCCGCCGGCGGGGGCAAGGCGGGGUCGAUGUCGUACCUGCUCCAGUUCGCGACGGAGCGCUCCAUCCGCGAGUCUCUGCACGCCUGCACGGACGUCACGUACGCGUACAUGGACGAGACACCGCCCACUGUCGUGCUCAAGUGACCUUAUUUGUGUUGUUCCGUGGAGUCGCACAGAAGUAAUAAAACUCUCGUCA